CGCCGCCGCUGCCACCACCGCCCCGGGGCGGGCCGUCGCGGCGGGUGGAUGUCCAGCGCCUAGCAGGCACCGCCGGGGUGGGGACGCACGGACGCCAUGGGCUGCUGCAGCUCCGCCGCGCAGAGCUCCAAACGAGAAUGGAAACCUUUGGAGGACCACAGCUGUACAGAUGUACCAUGGCUGCUUUUGUUCAUCCUCUUCUGCGUAGGGAUGGGCUUUAUCUGUGGCUUUACAAUAGCUACAGGAGCAGCUGCAAGACUGCUUUCAGGAUAUGACAGUUAUGGAAAUAUCUGUGGACAGAAAAAUGUCAAGGUGGAGGGAAUAGCCAACAGUGGUCUGGACCUCACACAGAAGAAGUAUGUAUUCUUCUUGGACCCAUGCAAUAUUGAUCUGGUACAUCAGAAGAUCAAAUCUCUUGCUUUGUGUGUGUCAGCUUGCCCAAGGAAAGAACUAAAAACUCUGGCUGAUGUUCAGAAAUUUGCAGAAACUAAUGGAUCUACUCUGUGUAGCUAUGAACUACUGCCAUCAGAAUAUACUACAGACCCGAGGGCUGCCAAGUUGUGUCCUAAAUAUCCUGUUCCAGAGAGUGCACCUAUUCCAUUCUUCCAUCGCUGUGCUCCUGUGAACAUUUCCUGCUAUGCCAAGUUUGCAGAGGCCCUGAUCACCUUUGUCAGUGACAGUAGUGUCUUACACAGGCUGAUUAGUGGAGUUAUGACCAGCAAAGAGAUUAUAAUGGGACUUUGCUUGUUGUCACUAGUGUUGUCCAUGAUUUUGAUGGUUAUAAUCAGGUACAUUUCAAGAGUGCUUGUCUGGAUUUUAACAAUUCUUGUCAUUCUGGGAUCACUUGGUGGAACAGGAGUCCUGUGGUGGCUCUAUGCUAAAGAACGAAUGUCUGCCAGUGCUGAUGAGACUCAAAUAGCCAAAGAAAAUCGUCAGGCUCUCCUGAUCUAUGCCAUUUCAGCUACUGUCUUCACGGUUAUCUUGCUUUUGAUAAUGUUAAUUAUGCGCAAACGAGUAGCUCUCACAAUUGCCUUGUUCCAUGUGGCCGGCAAGGUCUUUAUUCACCUGCCACUGCUAGUCUUCCAGCCAUUUUGGACAUUCUUUGUGCUUAUCCUCUUCUGGACGUAUUGGACCACAGUCCUACUUUUCCUUGGUACUACAGGUAAUCCUGUCCCAAAUGAAGAAGGAUUUGUUGAGUUUCGGAUGACAGGCCCCCUGAAGUACAUGUGGUGGUACCAUGUAGUAGGACUCAUCUGGAUCAGCGAGUUUAUCCUAGCCUGUCAGCAGAUGACAGUAGCAGGAGCUGUUGUCACGUACUAUUUCACGAGGGAGAAAAGGAAUCUGCCAUUUGCUCCUAUCCUGGCGUCUGUUAACCGCCUUGUCUGUUACCAUCUAGGAACGGUUGCAAAGGGGUCUUUCAUUAUCACAUUAGUGAAGAUACCACGAAUGAUUCUUAUGUAUAUUCAUACACAACUCAAAGGAAAAGAAAAUGCUUGUGCUCGCUGUAUGCUUAAAGCCUGCAUCUGCUGUCUUUGGUGUCUAGAAAAGUGCCUGACCUAUUUAAAUCAGAAUGCAUACACAGCCACAGCUAUCAACAGCACCAACUUCUGCACCUCAGCAAAGGAUGCCUUUGUUAUUCUAGUGGAGAAUGCUUUGCGAGUGGCUGCCAUAAACACUGUUGGGGAUUUUAUGUUGUUCCUUGGAAAGGUCCUGAUUGUCUGCAGUACAGGUUUGGCCGGGAUUAUGUUGCUGAAUUAUCAACGAGAUUACACUACCUGGGUGCUGCCUCUCAUAAUUGUCUGCCUCUUUGCGUUCCUGGUUGCUCACUGCUUCCUUUCCAUUUAUGAAAUGGUUGUUGAUGUCCUUUUCUUAUGUUUUGCCAUCGAUACAAAAUACAAUGAUGGAAGCCCUGGGAGGGAAUUCUACAUGGACAAAGUUCUCAUGGAAUUUGUGGAGAAUAGUAGGAAAUCUAUGAGAGAAGCUGGCCGGGGAGGUGGAGCUGAGGGCAGAGAGCUAAAACCAAUGGUAGGUGCAGAUGAGGAGGUGGCCAUCCUCCAAGAGUUUCACUUUUACUUCCUCUCCCUCUUUGUCUUUACUGACUGCACUUCUUCAGGAGAAGUUUUUGUUCUCUGUAUCACUCAAGACGUUCUGCUUUUUCUGUUUGUGAGCUUGCCUAUCACCUGGAUGGCAGAGUUUUUGUCACAGCUGAGACCAUCUCCUGUAAAAGUAAGAUGAAAGGAACUGUGUCAUAUGAAACAAAUGCAGUAUUGUUUCAUCAGGCUUAAUAGUGAAUGCUGUGAGGUAUACAGAUAAUCUUAACUUCUGAGAAUUUUCAAAAUAAUAUGACUCUGGAAUUUGUUUGACUAUUCUGACUUCAAUCUGCUUUCCAUUCUUGAAAUAAGCUAUUUUUGUUUUACAAACACUGUAAAAGCCUGAGGAAUACUACUGAGCACAUCCAUUGUUGCAAAGUAGAACCAGGCAUUUAAAGCUGUCACCAAAUUAUUUUAUAGAGUGCCAAGGGAUUGUGUACAGUAAUUCCUUUCAACCUGCUCAAAUGACAUUUCUCCCAGUUGUUUGUUUUUAUUGCCAACUACUUAUGUUGCUUGUCUCUUUGUGUGCUCUUUCCAUCUCACACUGUCAAAUAUGCAGACAGUGAACAGUGCAUCAUCUAUGCUUCCGCAGCCUGUCUUACUUAUGAUGUGCCUAUUAGGAAGGCAUUGCAUGUCUCAGUAGCCUGGAAUAAGGAACAGCCUUACAUGGUACAAGUAACAGAUAGGUGGAUCAGUUUGGAAGGUGGAGAACUGAGAGCAUACGAUGGAAAGCCAGGCUGGGCAAGGUAUGACUUGUCAUCGUGCAGUAUGACUUUGUGAAAUACAGUCAUCUUCAAUCAUUAAUUUCUCAGAGGGGCCUAACUCAGUUCUUCACCAAGUGGACAGUCUGUUAAUCUAAUGGGAUCUGAAUAGGUGUAUGCUAAUAACUAGAAUUUUUUUAGUUAUAUACCUGAGGCCAUGUUGCAUGAGCACUUUCUGACCUAGCUGGAAUGAGUUCCUGCUGUAGAAUUGAUAGAUGUGUAGCUUUGCGUGUUUUGCUAUUUCAUUAUAGCAUACCAGUUUCUAGAUUUGCUUACGCCUAAAUGCUUCUGUGUCUGUACAUUUUAAAAGCAAAUUCUAUGCUCGUUUACUGUUUCCUUCAGGGAGUAAUUCUAGCUGUUCAGACACUUAUGUUAGGAUUUUCAAAGUGGUCUAACAAUGAAGCUGCCAUUAAAAUGAUUGAAAAUUGGGUUUGCAGACCCUCUAGUCACAUUUACAAAUAUUAUCCUUCAAAAAUUUUAUGUUGAUGUGAAUCAGUAGUUUGAAUUAGAGAUUAAGUGGUUUUCUGCUUAUGCUUUCCUCACUGCUUGCACAGACCAGUACUCUGACCUGUACUUGACACCUAAAUCUUCAUUAUGAAAGCUUAUAUCCAUUCCCCUCGUAAAAAGGCAAAGGAAGUACUGGCAAGUCAAGCAUCUUUUUUGUUCUUGUAGAAACGUGACUAGGCAACUGAGCCUGGCAGUGAUCAGAACUGCUGGAGAAGAUGCUGAGCUCUUGAGUGUCAUGUGCUGAAUUACUCCCAUUUCUGGUGCUCAUUUGAUAGUCUUGUUUGGAAUGGAUGGGGCCUUGUUUUCUCAAGAGGUACCCAUGUUGGGGUGUUAAACCCAGAUGAAUAAGAUAAAUAUUAGGUCCCAACUUCCUGACAAGGGCUGUGCACAGCAUAGGUAGUGGCUGUUAUUACAUCUGGGAAGUCUCUGAUACCUUGCACCAAAGCACCGAUAAAGGUUUCAGAUAUGUCGGAUUAGGAUCAUUAAUAGGUCUGUUCUGUAACUGUAGCACCUGUAGCCCCAAAAUUGGAUGUUUCAAAAUCAGAUUAAUUUUUCUUCAAAACAAACAAAAAACAUUCUAACAAACAAUCUUUAGUAUUUUGCCUCAGUUUUCUCAAAAUGGUUACUUUCUAGGUGUGACAGUUCUAAAAGUGGAGCACCCUAAAUGCGUUUGUAUUUUAGAUAGAUAGAUACCAGAGGUGAGGAAACAUUUAGAACAUUCGGUCUCCAAAGAGACUGCCAGGAAAACCUUUCUCUACUUUCUUUAUGGUUUCCAGUGACCCUUUUGACUCAGUUUCUCCUUGACCUAUGGCAUUUGUCUAAGACUAUACUGUAUGACUUUGUUUUCUAGGCCUCUGGAGCAAGUUCAUCUUGAAACUAGCCAGCCAUAUUGGAACCCAUUGACAUUCCAAAACAAUAUAUAUAUACAUAUAUAUAUAUAUAUAUAAAAAUAUAUAUAUAUAUAUAUAAAUAAUCAGCCAAAAUCAGAGAAAAGGAACAGGGAUUUAAUACUUUUUUUAACAAUUAUUUUUGUGAAACAUGUACUCUUUUCAUACGGGUGGCUUUUACAAGCAGCUUUAUCAUUGUUCCAUUUUUUUAAAUUUAUUCAUUGUAGUCACAGAAAUGUUGAUUCUUAUCGGCUUGAUAUUUCACAAUCUGGAGGAGGAAUCAUUGUAAAGAUAAUUUUAAUGAUGAUUGGGUUUAGAGACAGAUUUCCAAUGACAUGGCUAAUCUGCUGAGAGCUUUUUGUUUAGUUUGUGUAAAUUUGCAUUAAAUUUAGGACAGCUACACAUAAGCAAAAUCUUCAAAUCAAGAACAGUAUUGAAUUUAGCUUUCUAAAAGGUAGUUUUAGUGUGAGUUACUUCAGUUCUAACUGGUUUGUAAGCAGUCAUUUUAUUCUACGGCCCUGGCUGGGCCCAAUUUUGUUUAUCAGUAUCAGAUAUCACAAUAACCGACUCCUCAGGUAUUCACAUGUGUGGGAGCCCUUGCAUCUCCUAUUCAGCAGAAACUAGAAAAUGGGGAAUAAUGAUUUUUAUAUGCAAUGUACUUCAUGUUUUACCCUACUUACCCUCUUACCAAUUCCUCCCCCCCACCCUGCCCCAGAUUCAGUAGCCUCCUUCAAACGUCAACAGUGCUCCUUUAGGGACAUAGAUUCUCCAUAUGAGCAAUUCAAAGAACAGAUUAUUAAAGCUCAGUCUUAGUCAUACUCAUGAUUAAUUCAUGACUUGAUGUAAACAUGCUGAGGAUGGAGGGAGAAAUGAACUGUCAUACUGUACAAACAAGUACUCUGUAGUUCAUUUCAUUUAAUGUCAGAGAGGUUUGGGAUGUGUAAGGGACCAUUCCUUGCCUAUUGUUUCACCCAUAUUUCUAUGUACUGUAGCAGGUGGUUGAAACAGGAAAGGGCAGAGGUACGUUUCUUUGGAAGUGUAACUGCCUGGGAUAGUUAUUUGAAGUCAUCAAAUAAUGAUAAGAGAACGUGUUUUGUUUUGUUUUUAUUUAAAAAAAAGAAAAAAAAAGAAAAAGCAGUAGUAGUAUGGUUCUGAGAUAAUUGCAUUUCUUUCAGUCUGGAAGUUCACCAGAUAUGAAUGCUAAUAUUUUGUUCAGCCUGAUGUACUGGUAAAUGGUUAAAAGUGUAUUUGCUAAGAAUUCAUGAUCUGUCAAUGCUAUAUAGUCCUUUUGUUACGAUUUUUUUAAGAAAACUAUUUUUGUUAAUGUAAAGUUAAUACUGCAGAGCAGAAUUUUUAAACUUAUUGCACUAAAUAUAAGCUCUGUACAAAUAAAUAAUGCCUCAAUGGUUUGAUCACUCCAUUCAAGAAAACCUUUUGAAAGAGAAAAGCCCUUCUGUGGAAGCUUUGCAAUGGAGUGAAGAGGUAUGUCUAGUUAAAGAAACUCAGUUGUACUUAUGGUUUAAAGAGUAAGCUGUUCUCUGUGCUUCCUCUCAGAGGAUCAGACAUUUAAAAAAUAGAGUGUCAUGUAACUAAUCAGUGCUCUUACCUUUUGGCAAUAGUGAAAUGUUUCACCUUUGCUUCUAGAAAUCAUUUGAUACUUACACUUGUUUAGUUUUCUUUCAGUAAGCCAAUUAAAAAGACUUACUGUUUUCAUAUCACGGAAAGCAAACUGUAUGAAAAGAAAAUGAAAAUAUGUUUAGAGGUGGUAACUGCUGGGGAGAUGGGAAGACAGAAUUAACCAGUCUUGCAAGCACUAGACACUUAUUUAACCAAACCACAUCAGCUCCUCUGACAUCAGGAGGGCUCUCUAAAGUAGUGAAGUUGUAAGAUACAUUUGUGUGUAUGUGUGUGUUAAUUGAACUAGAACUUCAGCCUAGGGUUCAGACUGGAGCACUGACUGGUGAGGCUUCUCAAUGUGAGCUAGAAGUCAGGCUAUCUAAAAGAAGCCCUGUAACAGCCUUAAGCUUGUGGAGAGAAAGCAUUCCUGCUAUUAAAGCUGGUUGCUAAAGCUGCAAUUGCACUGAACACUGUUGUCUGUGUAGAUCAGUGGGGUUUAGCAACAGAAAUUGAAAAACUGGCUCAUGUGAAUCCUAGAAACUGGAUUCCAAGGCUAAGAGACUUCUCACAUACCCAGUUGCUUCCAGAGAACUGUAAUUUCCGUCUUGUUGGAAAUUAUUGGAGGUGCUUUGAUCAAAGCCUUGGAUUCUGCUCAUUUUGACAACAAUUAUCUGCCGCCACAAGUUCUGCAAGUUUGUGCUCUCUGCUCACUGGAAGUGGGAGCUUUUCUCUGCGAUCGCAACUAGAACUGCAAUUGGAAACAAAUUUUGUAUUUUUGUAUGACUUGACUGUGCACCAUUUUUAUAGCAGUUUGUCCUGUUUUAAGAACAAAUUUGAUUUAUUUACAUGGUGUUUAAGAGAUACAGGCAACACUUUUCUAUGGGUAGCUGUAAAGUUUAAGUGACAAACCUAUAUCAUUACAGAGUUCUUAAUAAAAUCAUAUGCACCAUUCUUGUGUGUAUCUGGCACGCUGAGCUUUUCAGUCAUGCCAAACUGCAUUCCAUCAACAUGCAGGCUUCCAGUGGCCCUUCAAAGCUUUUAAAUGUUCUUUAUGGAGAAUUGCAACCAGACUGCAAGCUAUCCUCUUCCACUGUGGUCUUGUGCAAGGAGAUAAAUAGAAGACUGGAGUCUAAAAAAACUUUUCAGGACAAGCCUAAACUCUGCUUUCCUCCCCCUUUAAGGGAGUGGUGGAGAACACUUGAAAUGUAAAUCUGUAGUUGUAGUAAAGGUGCUGGGGACUUCCAAUUGAGAUGGAUUAAAUACUCGUUUUGCCAUCAGUAUAUGGACUGCCUUGUGGAAAGCAGUCUGCGCCACUUAGAGUGUGGUGCACUGGGAAUAACACUGCAGGAGGAGGAGGAGAUACAGAAAUAAUCUCCUUGGAAAGCCCACUGAACCAAGCAGUGCUUGAGGACUGGUGAUUUGAGCCAGUGCAGUUACUGGUUCCCAGCAUUUGGUUUCUGCAGGCAGUCUGGCACAUAGCCUCUAAUCAGCUAGGCUCCAAAGGAAAAAAGCUUGCUGUUCUUUUAAUUGUUUAAUUAUUUUCAUUUUGUUAUCCUCUGUCUUAUUUGGAGGCUGAGCAACAUGUUAUUGUUGCUUUGGCAGAGGUUUGAACUAGAUGAGGUUCUUUCCAACCCUUUGAUUCUUUCAACCCUAAAGAAUCCUUGUUGUUCUUUUAGCUCUCAUUUCUGUAUUGCUCUUUCAGUGAAGGAGUACCAAGCGGCUAAGUGUCAGCUCCCCCUGUCCCACCAAACUUAGCCUGUGCCUUCUCACCUUCCCAAGGCAAUGAUAUCACCUGGACUGAAUGGGAGGGGGAGUAGGUGCAGAGCUGAAAUUCUGAGAUUCUUUUUGUGUGUGCGAUACCACUCCAUCACUGUGCUUGCUGUGAUAAGGAGUGAAAUGCAUUACUUUAACAAUUCCAGAGCUGCUUUGCAGCUAAAGUCAGCACAUGUAUGGCCAAUUUAGAACUGUAUCUUCAGCUUUCCAUGAGCUUGUGUUUGUACUCCCACCUGCCAAAAACAAGAUUUGGUUUUACGUGUGGCCUUAGCUUGGUGUAGUAAGACAAGGAUGUUCAGUAUAAGGAAGCAUGUCCUAGAAUGGUGGAAAACCAUCAAGUAGAAGACCAAGUACAUACUGUCGUGGGGUUUACCCUGCCUGCCAGGUAAGCCCCUGCUCCUUUUGUGCCUUCCUUUUCAGGAAGACUGGGGAAGAAUCAGAAUGUGGGUUGUGGUAAAGACAGCUCAUCAAAUAAUGGGGAAAAAAUCAAAGGGGAGAAAAAACAUCAUCAACCAAGUGUUGCAAAGGCAAUUGCUCACCACGUCCCACCAGCAGACUGAUGCCCAGUCAAUCUCUGAAUAAUGGCUGCUUUGGAAGACUCUCUCCCUCCCACUGUUUUUUUGUGUUUUUUUUUUUUUUUUUUUUUUUUUUAAUUUGAGUGUAAUAUUCCAUGGCACAGAGUAUUUUUUGUGUGGUCUGGGCCAGCUUUCCCAGCUGUGUCCCCUCUCAGCCCUUGCCCACCCCCAGCCUUCUCUGCAGGAAGGGAGAGGCAGAGAAGGCCAUGACCCUAUGGGAGCACCGCUCAGCAGUGGGUUUGUACACUGUGUGCUACCAAUGCUGCUCUGAUCACAGAUCUAAAACAGUACCAUAUGGGCUCCUGUAAAGAAAAUUAUCUCUGUUCCAGCCAAACCCAGCCCCCUGGUCCACUUACCUGAAUGUUAACCCAAGACUCACUUCCCACAUUUCUGUACAGCACCUUCUCAGGGUGGUUACUUCUUUCUGAAAGGGCUUUUUUCAGAGUAGGCGAUGAGUCUGCUCCACAGUGCUCCCUUUAGGGAGGGAGCAGGGUAUGCUGACUCUUACUCUUUCAGCACAAAAUGGGGAUGUAAAGCAGAAAUGAGCCCUGUCUGUAUCAGCGUCCUGGCAACUGAGCAGCCAGCGCUGAAGACAACAUAUUUAAUGUGCCCUCAGGGCCUGCACUUUAGUGGUUUGCUCUGAGUAGUUAUGAUGUAUUCUAUGAAUGUAUGUUACAGAGUCAGAAUAAAUGCAUGUAGCAGACAUAUACUCGUCAUCACCAUUCAGUGAUCAUUUGGUUCUGAAUGCAUAUUACAUGAUGUACUGGACAUCGCACAGUCAUUUUAAGGAACGUUAGAGUUUAAAAGUAGAUACCUAACGGUGCGCAUCCCAGUUUUGUAAAUCAUGGCUUUGCCUGUGCAGAUACUGUUUACUGAAUCUGAAGCCCAUUGUUUCUUGAACAGCUUGUGUGUCACGUUGUCACUACUGAAGUUCUGUUUCAUCUUUGUGAAAAAAUAUAGCUCCUUCCCAAAGGAGGAAACUCCUUCCCCUCCAUGGAAACAAAUACUGUUUCACGGAACAAAACCCAACAGACUUACGUGAAGCAUUUCUUGCGCUCUGCUUUUUGUUGGGACAAUGGAAGUUUACUCCAAAUAUCAAAUUUUUUCAGUGCUCUUCCAACUGUUUUCACCUCUGCUGUUAACUCCAUCACAUUACAAGAGAGAUAAUGGAGAUUAGUAACUUUAUAUUUCUUGUGCUCUGUAGCAAAUACUGUUCUCAAGAUUUUUUUUUUUUUUUUUUUUGAUAUUU